CUGCCUCGGUUGGUGGCCGUCGGAGGGCGGAAGGUUGCUGCCGCGUCGUGCUGCCUCCGGUCCCGGCCUUGGCUCCGUCUCCAUCCCGGCCGGGCCCACCAUGCCGCAGUACCAGACCUGGGAGGAGUUCAGUCGCGCGGCCGAGAAACUCUACCUCGCCGACCCGAUGAAGGCACGUGUGGUUCUCAAAUAUAGGCAUUCUGAUGGGAGUUUGUGUAUUAAAGUAACAGAUGAUUUAGUUUGUUUGGUGUAUAGAACAGACCAAGCUCAAGAUGUAAAGAAGAUUGAGAAAUUCCACAGUCAACUAAUGCGGCUUAUGGUAGCCAAGGAAUCCCGCAGUGUUGCCAUGGAAACGGACUGAAUGGUUUGAAAUGAAGAUUGUCAUGUUCUAAUAUCUUUUGAGUUUGAAAAAGUGUUGGGACAGAAAGUGCUUUAUGUAAUGAAGUGGGCUAUUCUGAAGCCAAGAGAUUGUUUUUGUAUCUUGUUUUUGAAUGUUUACUUUAGAGAGCUAGGAAUGUAAAUGCUUUCAGUUAGAAAACCUUUAUUUAUUUUUGGAAAUUGAGCAAGAAAUGCCUCUAUCUUAGAAACUUUUUGCAGAUUAUUUGAUGUUGGGAAAAAUAUAUAAUUAUUUCUCUGCAGAUUUGUAUCAGUAAUUUGAAAAUGAGAAGUCAAGAAAAGCCUAUUCUUCCUUAAAUUUAAUCUGUCUUUGAAAGAAAAUUAAAUGUAACCAUUUUGCUGGAUUGAUAUAUUUCUUCUGGAGCAUAAAAUUUGUGCUGUUGAUGACUAACAAAUAUAAAAUAUGGUAACUGGAAUUAACUGUGCACAGCAGUAUACCUGAUUGUCUAUGGUAGUGUAGUCUCAAUUGUAUCUAAAAGUAAUUGUGAAGACAAGUAUGCUUUACUUUAAACUUUGCAGAUCUAAACUGUAUUUUUGAAUAUAAGGGAUUCAUAACAAUUGGUUUGUGGAACAAAGACUUACUUUGAAUCUAGUUUUCAGUGCUGAAAACCAACUGCAGUUACUUUAAAUGCGUGAACAGAAUGGUCACUGAUGGCCUGAAGCCACCAUGUCACAGAAAUAUUUGCCACAUAUUUCCCAUCUAUAGUUUCUCAGAAGGGCUAAGGAUGAUUUGAACUGUUAUAUCUUUGCUUACAUCUGUGAUACCCCUGCUCAUUUCUCUCUACUUAACCAAAGUGUUAAACAUGACUGACUUUCACAGCUGUUAUGUUUUCCAUUAAACCGGAAGUAUAUUAUCUGAUAUUUAUCUUAUAUUUGUAACCUGAUUUUACCACCUACAUGUAAUAUUCACAUGUUGAUUCCCUACAUUAAAAUAUUUUUUUGUUAGGAAUUUGUCGUGUUGAGCAACAGUUUACCAUGGAAAGUUCCAUUAGCCAUACGAGUUUGGCAUGUUUCAGAGAGGUCAGUAAAUAAAAUAUUACAUGUGUA